AUGGCUACAGGAGAGGAUCAGAUGCAAGGACCGAGCGGGAGGGAAGAGAAGAUUUUUGUCUCUGUUCGUCUGAGGCCGUUAAAUGUGAAAGAAAGGGUAAGGAAUGAGGUGGCCGAUUGGGAGUGUAUCAAUGAGGAAACGGUCAUAUACAGGAGCCAUCUUUCCAUUUCCGAGCGUUCCAUGUACCCCACUGCAUACACAUUUGACAGAGUGUUUGGCCCUGAGAGUUGUACUAGGGAGGUGUAUGAUCAAGGGGCAAAGGAAGUGGCUCUCUCUGUUGUUAGUGGAGUUCAUGCUAGUGUUUUUGCAUAUGGACAAACAAGCAGUGGAAAGACAUACACUAUGAGUGGAAUUACUGAUUACGCCUUGGCAGAUAUAUACGAUUACAUUGAUAAGCACAAGGAAAGAGAAUUUGUUCUGAGGUUCUCAGCCAUGGAGAUCUAUAAUGAGUCUGUACGAGACCUCUUGAGUACAGACAUUACUCCACUCAGAGUUCUAGAUGAUCCUGAGAAAGGGACAGUUGUUGAGAAACUCAUGGAGGAAACUCUGCGGGACUGGAAACAUUUUAAGGAGCUUUUAUCAAUCUGUAUAGCUCAAAGACAUAUUGGAGAGACAGCUUUAAAUGAAGUUAGUUCCCGCUCUCAUCAGAUUCUGAGAUUGACAGUUGAAAGCACAUUACGUGAAUAUUUGGCGAAUGAUAAAUUUAGUACACUCACAGCGACAGUGAAUUUCAUUGAUCUUGCUGGAAGUGAACGUGCAUCUCAAUCAUUAUCAGCUGGCACAAGGUUGAAAGAAGGUGGUCAUAUAAACCGAAGUUUACUAACACUAGGAACUGUCAUUCGAAAGCUAAGUAAAGGAAAAACUGGGCACAUUCCAUUCAGAGAUUCAAAGCUGACACGCAUACUUCAGACUUCCUUGGCCGGGAACGCCAGAACUGCCAUAAUUUGCACAAUGAGUCCUGCAAGAAUCCACGUUGAGCAAUCAAGAAACACGUUGUUAUUCGCAAGCUGUGCAAAGGAGGUGACAACAAAUGCACAAGUCAACGUCGUCAUGUCUGAUAAAGUUCUGGUUAAACAUUUACAGAAGGAGUUGGCUAAACUUGAGAGUGAAUUGAGAAGCCCUCGUCAAACUCUUGUUGCCUCUGACACAACUGAGUUACUCAAGGAGAAGGACCUCGAAAUUGAAAAGCUAAACAAAGAGGUAUUCCAACUAGCACAACAAUUAGAGUGGGCUCAUUCUCGGAUUGAGGAUCUUCAACAAAUUAUUGGAGAAGCACCACAACAAAAAUUAUCAACAAACUCAGAACAGACAAAUGUGAUUUUGGGAUGUCAAUACCCCAAGCUGCGGGUGCGCAGCUCAUGGGAAUCUCUUAAUAUAACACCAGAAAGCCCUGUAUCAACUCAACCAUCCAGUAUGAUAUCCCCACAAUCAACCGAGCACGGUUCUGACGAGAAUGUCUUUCAGCUUUCAGACUUUAGGAUAGAUACUGGUGCAAGUAGUCCAGCCCAACAACUUCCCUUUUCAACUCCUGGAAAAUUCACUAAAGUUCGACUUAAUAUUCGUGGGGCAGAAACUAAAAACCAACCGCGCAUUCACAAGGGGGAAUCUGUAGAUCAAUCUCGUGCUCAGGAAGAACGAUUUCAUGAAAUGGUCGAACCAAGUGAGGUGGAUUCUGAAGAUACUUGCACGGAAUUUCGAAUCAUAGAAACAGAGAGUCCCGAUUCCGUCACUUCAUCUCCUGAAAAGCCUUAUGCUUGGUAUCUUGAGAGACAUUCGCUAAAGGAAGGAGGCUUGGGGCAUACUAGAAGCCAAAGCUGCGGAGCAAGCUUGGUAUCUAGCUCUUCCUUUCCUUUGUUUGAGGGAGAUGCCUAUCAGAAAGAAAGAGCGGAGAGCAACCUGAAACCGCACAACAUCAAGAGGCCACCAUUGCCAAAGCAUUUGAGCGGGAUGAGUAUGCCAGCAACUUGGUUCGAGGAAAACUUCAACCGCUCACAAAGAAUGCCAGCUGCUUUAGAUGGUGUUAAUAAGAGAAAGUCAUCACUGAAUGGCUCAGAGGUGUCUCCCUCUAAAGCUCCUGUGUAUGAACGUCAGACAAGUGGUGGAGCUUCCAUCAACCACGAGGAAGGUGAAGAGACUGCUCCUCAAAGGGACAAGCGAAUCAUUCAUUUAUCGAUGGAGGAAAUAGAACAAAAGUUCUUGGCUCUAAGAUCGUCAAAGAGUUUCAAAGACGCUGCGGUGGAUCCCAUACAAGACUAUUUAACCAUGCCAUUGAACUGGCCGCUUGAGUUCAAGAGACUCGAGAUGGAGAUAAUAGAGUUAUGGCAUGCUUGCAACGUAUCCAUGGCACACAGAAGUUACUUCUUCCUUCUAUUCAGAGGAGAUCAGAAAGAUUGCUUGUAUAUGGAAGUAGAACUCCGUAGGCUCAAGUACAUCAGAGAAACUUUUACCCUCAAUAACAAAGCUAUCGAAAACGGACGCACUCUUACAUCAAUGUCCAGCCUGAGGGCGUUGAACAGGGAAAGGUACAAGCUGAGUCAGCUGAUGCAGAAGAAACUAACAAAAGAAGAGAGGGAGAACUUGUUCUUGAGAUGGGGCAUUGGGUUGAACACAAAGCACAGGCGGCUCCAGCUGGCUCACCGGUUAUGGUCUGAGAGCAAAGACAUGGAGCAUGUCCGAGAGAGCGCCUCUGUUGUGGGGAAGCUCAUGGGGUUUGUGGACAUGGAUUUGGCUUCCAAGGAGAUGUUUGGCCUCAACUUCUCUCUUAGACCCCGUCCCAAGAAAUCUAGCCUGUGGAAACGCAGUGUUUUGUCUCUCUCCAUUUUGUAA